UGAAGGAAUCAUAAAGUCGCUUGAAAAAGGAGAAGGACAAGAGUUAAUUCUCAUUCUGACAUUGGCCCAAUUUGUAUUAGAGCAAAUGUAUGGAAGUGUAGGCUAUAGUUAUGCUAAUUGGUUUGAUGUUAAACCACAUUUACACAUCAGAGGAUGUCUGUAUUAUUAAAUAAAAAGAAAGCAAGUAUGGUAUUUAUAAAGACAUUGCAAGAGAUGAUACCUUACGAGUUACCUAGUCUACUUCAAAUUCAUGGAAGAUCUUUACAAAAUUGCUCAACUGAUAUUGUUCCUCAGAAUCAUGUUUAUGUUUCUGCUACAAAGAAACGGUUAUUAGAAUUAGGCGUAAAUUCAAGUUUAAAGUCAUAUCCUUCAUCAUUAAAAAAGCCUAUACCACCAUCAACUACGACGAUGACAGAAAGUGAAGAUAAAAUAAAAGAGCUGAUACAACAAUUUAUUAAAAAGGGCGGCAUCAUACCUACUUCUUUAUUACAAUCUCAUGUAUUUCGUCGACAAUGGUUUAUUUCUACUUUUUUACCAAAGCUAUUAGCUUGGGAAGGUAAAGAAAUGGAAGCUAAACAUCAGUUUAUUUUAGCAUUAAAAGAAAAACAAAAGAUUCCUGAUACCAUGUUUACGCAAUAUAUAGAAAAGAAAAAAUAAUAAUAGUAGUAGUAAUAAUAAUAAUAAUAAAUGAUGAUGAUGAUGAUAUCUUGAACCAUUGGAUAUUUUUAAAAAGUAGGUUAAAAUAUUAUAUUAAUUAAAUGCUCUACCAUUUGAUAAAGACGCAUACAUAGCAUCAAUUUGUUCUUGAAAGACUUUCUUUGCAGUCUCACGCUUCAAUUUGAAAGUAGGAGUUAAGAGAUCGUUAUCGAUUGUAAAUUCAUUAGGAGUCAAAUAAAUGGCCUUCAUCA